AUGAAUCACUUAAAAGUACUCAACCUAUUCAACCACCUCUUCAUUUCCCUUGUUUACGUAGACCAAACGCCCAAAGGGCCAACCGUCCGGCGCAAAAAUGCGCUCAGAAACAUCAUUAUUCUGCUUGCUACGGUUUCGAUUGUUUCCUUCUUUGGCUUGAAGCGCACGUUGACCGACUUUCGCCAAAUGAUUAGCUCGGUGACAGAUAUCGUGCAUCUGUUGAAGUAUUUCAUCAACGCUGACAUUAUGUACACGAUCCUGAGUGGGAUGUAUCAGCACAGCUUAAAGGUGAUCGUGAUCGUCAACGAAGCGAUUGCAAUCGACUACACGAUGCAACGGGUUUGCACAUUGAUGAAGAAUCGUUUUGCGAUACGACACACGCUGCUGAAAAUGCUCACCGGUGCCAUUAUGCUCUUGCGAGGAUCAUUUUUCCUGAUGUACUUGUAUCUGCAGUUCCGGUAUAAUAUUUCCUACGAGCUUUACCUAGUGCUGCACGCUAACCUGCUGGUCGAGCUGUCCAUGGACCUGCAGAAGCUGUUUCUACUCUAUUUCGCACUGUACAUGAUACAGCGUUAUCGAAUUUUAGCAAACUUACUUGACCGAAGCGAUCCAACUACGAUGGCUGUUGUGUUUAAAGUUUUCGAAGAUCUUAUCACCUUUAAAAAGCAUCUAUCGAAAACGUUUGGACUGCAUCUGCUCGCACUCAUACUGCAGACGUUCGUGGCGUGCUCGAUUCAUGCGUAUCUCAUCGUCGUAGAGCAGAGACACAUUUUCCAACAAAUAGCGAAUGUGGCUCAGCUCGUGAUAAACCUUACCUUGUUCUUCAUUUUAACCUAUUACUAUGAUUGCGUUGAGAUCAAGGAAGCAGAGCUUAAGGAUGCACUGAAAUCGAUGCAAUACACAAAUCUUAAACGACAAUCUCGAGAUCAGAAGGACUUCUACGACCUCGUCAAUCUAAAGCUCAUGAUGGAAUCCCCGAAGAUAACCGCUUGUGGACUUUUCGAAAUAAAUUUGCAGAUAUUCUAUAACGUAUUUGCCGCCAUCAUAACGUACAUCGUAAUAUUGUUCCAGUUUCGAGGGUUUGAAAAAUCACCAUAAAGAGAAACGACGGCCAGUCCCCUUCAGAGUGCACAUUUUCGUUUCGAGUACUGUUUACUAUACUUCGUCUGCAUGAUAAGAAAUAAAGAGUCUGUUUUGUGAUACAUCACCCACUUCUAGCGUACAACCGCGAACACAAACAGGAAGAAAAUACAAACAUGAACCAACAGCAUUACCUUUGCUCGCAUUUACUUUUCUUCUGAUUUGCUCUUUACUACAACCACUCGUCGGUCACACAUCGCAAAAUAGGAGAUUA